AUGGACCAGCACACCAGGCUGACCUUCAUUUUUCAGAAACAUGCUCAGCUCUUCAUUGAUGUUUUCAAUCAGUGUUGCUCAAGAAUGAAGCAGUUCCUGUCAGAUCUGGAGGAGAGUGCAGUCCAGCUGGACAGGAUGAAGAUGGGGGCCACUAUAUCCUCUGUGGUUGGCAGGUCAUUUGAGAUAACAGGGGGAGUCUUUUCAAUCGUUGGUCUUGCUCUGGCCCCCGUCACUGCAGGAGUGUCCCUGGCUCUGACAGUGACCGGUCUCAGUCUGGGGAUGACCAGCAGUGUCAAUAGUGUCGUCACAGGCAUCACUGAGACAACAGUCAACAUUCAGCAAGUGAGAAAUGCACAGAACAUUUUCCAGAGAUUCAUGAAUGAUGUGGGGAAGAUUCUAGACUGUCUGGAGCAGGCCAGUAGUGAGCAGCGUUUAGAGGGGCUUGCUUUUGUAGAUAUGAUGAUUGGAGCAGGAAAGUUGAUAGUUUCUGUAGGAGGAGUGCGCCGAAAAAUCUAUAACCUAGUAGAUGCAGACUCAGCUGUUCAAGUUCUCAAAAGGGAGGUGAUUCCAACUGCAGCCAUGGUCGGGCUCCAGGAGUCGCAAAGUGCUCGCAGCAUUCCCAAACUGGCAGCAGACCUGCCUGACAUUAAGCAGCUGGCAAAAGGGACGCCACUAGCGCUCUCCAAGUCUGCUAGAGCUGGAUUCAUUGCUCUAAAUGCCUUCUUUAUUGGCUUUGAUGUCCUAUUUAUUUGCAAAGACAGUAAAAGUCUGGCCAAAGGGAGUAAGAGUGAAGCUUCUCAGCUCAUUCGCUCCAGAGCAGCUCUGUGGAAAUCUGAACUUGAGGCCUGGCAGAAGAUCUAUGAUUCCUUAUGCAUUGGAAAAUUGAAGUUUAGGAAGAGCCAGGAAGUUUUGGACCAACUAUUUCUGCCUUACUUUUUAGAGCAGGGCUAUUCAGUUAGUUUCAUUUGAGGGCCAGAUUAUCAAAUUGAAAAUUUGAAGGGGGCCAGGUGGGGGCGUUCAUCCCAAUGUCUUUUUCGGGGGGAGGGCUAUAAAAUAAGAAAUUAAAUUGAAAAGCAUAUUCAGCUGUAAAAUAAACAAAUAUUAUACCAACAAUUACAUGUUUGAAAGAUUAAAAUUAGUGCUAACAGUGUCAU